AUGCCUCCAAAAACGAGUAAGAAAUCAACUGCGAAAGCAGAGACGUCGCAAGAAGAGCCAGAAGAAAAGCAGACGAUAGCUCAAGGAAAAGAUCCGAAAAAGAAUACAAAGGGAAAGCAAAAGACGGCGGAACCGGAACCGGAACCACAGCCCGAGCAGGAAGAGGGGAAAGAAGAUGAAGAUGGAGAAGACGAUGAUGAUGAGCAAGAUAACGACGAGGAGGAUGACGACGAAGAUGGGCAGGAGGAGGAGGGUGAAGAAGACGAUGAAGGAGAGGAUGAAGAUAGUGAAAACAAUGACGACGAGGACGAUCAGGAUGACGAAGAUGACGAGGAUGGUGAUGAAAAUAAAAACGACGAUGAGGAAGAAGAUGGCGAAAAGUCUGACGACGAAGAGGGAGACGCUGAUGAUGGAAAAUCGGAAGCCGGUACUGACCAGGACGGUGAUGAAGAUGAAGAUGAAGAUGGAGAGGAAGAGACUGGCGACGAGGAGGAGGGCGAGGAAACAGAGAAUGAGGAUGACGAUGAUGAAGAGAAGCAAUACGGUUCUCAGGGCAAUGAAAUAGAGGACGAUGAUGAAGACGAUGGGAAAAGUGAAGACGAUAAUAAUAGUGAAGACGACGAAGAUGGAGAGAACAACGAUGAAGAAGAGGAUGAAGACGGUGAAGAAGAAGACGGCGAGGAACAAGAAGACGACGACGAUAAGGUGGAAGAAGAGGAGGAUGAGGAGGACGAGAAUGACGAAGAUCAGAUUAGAGAUGGUUACGAUGCUGAAGGCAAUAGGAAACCCGGUUGGAAAAAUGGAAAACCACCCGCAGAGAAAUCCAAACCAGCUCAAGUCGAGAAGCCAAAGAAAGACAAGUCAACCGCUACAGCAAAAGCAAAAUCCAAAGAAAGAGGGGUUGAGGAUGACGAGGACGUGAAGAAAGCUCCGGCGGCGGCUGGCAAAUCAAAGACCACCAAACCAGUAGCCUCGAAGACCAAAUCAGGAACAUCUGUAGAAGAAAAAGACAAGAAGGUCGUAGCUAAGGCAUCACCAAAAGAAGCGACUAAAACGAAAGCAACACCUGCGGCAAAAGCGAAGGCAAAAGCAGACCCCAAACCAGCGGCAAAAAAGGGGAAGGGAAAGGCUAAGCCAUAA